CCAGCCCUCUUCCUUUCUCUCCAGCUGCCGCAGCUUUUUGAAGACUCGCAUUAGUCCCCCUUUCACCAGACUGACAGGUUUCCUCUUCGAGUCACUAACUGAUGGGAAGCCACAGUACCAUGUCCUCCUCUCUGUAUAGUUCCAAGUAUGUCAGCUGGUAUGUGGACAUAGCGGAGUCAAAAACCCCUGCAAUGGCAUCUACAGAAACUGACAGAGCAGAAGCAAAUUCAUCAUCUUCCCAUCACCACCAGCACGCAAAAGUCAAUUGCCUCAAAGAUUUUAAAUCUUUCCUUGACUCCAAGUCGGACAGACUCAGUCACAGCAGUGAGGGUUUGGGUGAUGAGUGUAAGAAAGGCAACAUAGUAUUGACAGAUACUGACAUCCAGAGCAAAGAGGAACUUUCUCAUUUGGAUCCAGAGGAUAAAAAAUUCCACCUUCCCCGGAGCAGUCCGGUCAUUUCCAGACGCAGCAGGCCCAUCUCCUGGCACGGAGGAGUAAAUGAUACAUCUAGUCCCAGCUCGGACCCACCAUCUCCUGUCUUUGGUUCACCGUCUCUGGGAUCCCACGAGUGGUUGACAUCCACCAGUGGGGAGGAUCUGGAAUCCAAACCGAGCUCCUAUCAGUUGUCAUUCGCAGUGGAGAUGGCUAAAAAGCAAAGCUCUACCUCUAUCUCAUCAAAUCUGAAGCGGCUUCUGACUCCCAGCCUCCACCUUCCCUACAGUGGACAGCAGGGAUUAGCUGAGGAGCAUAAAAGACGGGCCCAAAGUAGUUGCAUUCCCAACAACACACCAGGAUGCGCUACCUCAACACAACAAAGCAAAGAAAGAAGUAGCAGCGAUAUCCCAGCAUCCCCUGCAGAGAUCUACAAGACCAGUUGUGAACUGGAAAAGGAAAACUCUCAUUUUAUUGUGGUGGACAUGGUGCUGGAGAUGCUCGAAAAUGCAAAAUGGACUCUUAGCUUAGAUCAGUGGCGUUCCACGAUGGACACAAACUGCCUGAUGUGCAAGGAAAGACAUAAAAGCUCUGCACAGGAGAGUUCGCCACAGAAGCAGACAUUUAGACUACACAGGCACAAAGUAAAGUACAGCAGAGUUGAUCCUAGACGAGAGAGAUACAAGCGAAGACAUCUUGAUGAAGUGAAGAUGUCACACAGAGAAACACACUCAUGUGUAGAGCAGCAAACACAGGACAAAGAGGAGGAGGAAGCAGGGAAGGAUGAGCCUAAACAUCAAAUGAAAACUCUGUCUGUGCUCUCCACUGACAGCGGAUUUGAAGACUGUGGAGUUGAUCAUACACUAACUCAGAGAGAGUCUAUAAAAAAUGCUGAGCAGCUAGCCCAGCAGCUGGUGUUGGAUUUCAAAAAAAGUUGGCUCCCUUCUAAUGAGCUUCAGCGUGGCCGGCAAAGCCUCCGCAGCUCGCUUCAAGAGCUGCCGGGUACAGAAAAUGUGGCGGUGAGCAGCGGUAGCCUGACAGAAGAGAUCCGACAGCGUACCAGGAUGAGAGGAUCCCUGAGCUGGGCGCCACCACGUUUCCAGAUCAUCUUCGCGGUCCAGCCAACGCACAGACGAAGCGAGGUAGUGGCUUCACAACACUUCCUGUGUGCAGGUUGUGGGACCGAGGUGGAGCCCAGGUACAUCAAGAAACUGCGGUACUGUGAAUACCUCGGCAGAUAUUUCUGUGACUGCUGUCACAGCGGCUCAGAGGCUGUGAUUCCGGGUCGAGUACUGUCCUGCUGGGAUUUUGGCAGAUACCCUGUGAGUGAUUUCUCCAAACAGCUGCUGGAUUCAGUGUGGCAGCAGCCUCUGUUUGACCUGACCUGUGUUGGUAAAAAUCUGUACAGUAAAGUGAAAGAACUGGACAGGUUUAGGGAGGUGCAGGAUCAGCUGCUGGGCAUUAAGAAGCUGCUAAAAGCCUGCAGAUUAUCAGAAAGCGUGCUGGCUGAGCUGGAGCAUCUUCCUGCUCAUCUGAGGGAGCAGUCAAACCUCUUCUCCAUGGAUGACCUACAGAAGGUGAAGAAGGGUCAGCUGGUGCCACAGGCCAAAGCAGUGCUGCAGUCUGCCAUUACUCAUGUGGAAAACUGUGAGCUGUGUCUUGCCCGAGGUUUUAUCUGUGAGUUUUGCAGAGAGAAAGACAUCAUCUUUCCUUUUCAGACUGACAUAUGUAAACGCUGUCCAGAGUGCAAAGCCUGCUUUCACAAAAAGUGUUUUGUGGUGAAAAAGUGUCCAAAAUGUGCACGGAUCCAGUCUCGGAGAAACCGUCGGAAUGGAUCCAUGAAGAGUGACACCUGAAGCAGCAGCAGCAGCAGCAGUUCUGUGUUGCAGUGGUUCAUUUAACACUUUUUAGCUGCAUUUUCUUUUCUGUAACUUCACAUAAAAACACUUUUAAUGUCAGUAAGUUUCUGCUCUCUCAUCCUGCUUAUCUCUUACUACUUAAACCACACUGUUAAACAUGCAUAUUCCUUUACAUGACUUAAUAUUUCCUAUGGAAAUUUGAUCAGCAUGAGAGUAAUUGUACCUCAAAAAACAAGA